CUACAAAACCAAAAUGCAAAAAAUGAAGAUCAAAUAUGGAAUAAUCUUCAUCUGCAUUAUGGCCGUGCUCCUCAUUGAAAAAGAAAGUAGUAUCCUCUCGAGGUUGUGUGAUACACUGAUGAGGGAGCAACGUCCACAGCAGACCCCUCAAGAUGAAAGCAUUACAACACAAAAAGGCUCAUUGACGUUCCUCCAAGUGCUGCUCUCUAAACUAUCUUAUCCAAAAUGGAAUUACACAAAUUCAUCAGAGGAGCCAGAAAAAGAAGACCAGAAGGAUUUAGAGACCAGAGGACAUAAGCAUGUGCUACUCAUGGCCAGCACAAGGACAGGCUCCUCCUUUGUGGGGGAGCUUUUUAACCAGCAUGGGGAGGGCAUGUUCUAUUUGUUUGAGCCUCUAUGGCACGUUGAACGCAUGCUGGCCUCAACAGCAGAGACAACCAAUUGGAGAGAUGCGCCAGGAAUCUUCCGGGACAUACUUCAUGCCCUCUUCUUGUGUGAUUUCUCUUCCCUUGAGAAUUUCAUCCUGCCUCCACCAAAGGACCACGUCACCCCCGAUCUUUUUCGUAGAGAGUCUAGUUUAUCCCUCUGUGAAGAGUCUGUCUGUAGUCCUGUGGACAAAGACGUUUUUCAGAGUUAUCACUGCAUGACUCGUCGCUGUGGGCCGCUGAACUUGACUCUGGCAGCUCAGUCCUGCCUCUCUAAAAAGCACCAUGCCAUCAAGUCUGUUCGAGUGCAACUCCUGGAAACGCUUCAGCCAUUGUUAGAGGAUCCUCGCCUUGAUGUCAGAGUCAUCCAGCUGGUCCGAGAUCCUCGAGCCAUCUUAGCAUCGCGUAUGGAGGCUUUCCCGUCAUUUUACCACAUGUGGAAAGACUGGGCGCAGGAUGGCCAGGUACCUGAAGAUGAUGAAGAGGUGAUGAGGCUCAAAGGAAGCUGUGAUGAAGUCAGGAGCUCUGUAGAGAUGGGACUGAGCCAGCCUGCCUGGCUACGGGGACGCUACAUGUUAGUGCGUUAUGAAGAUAUUGCUCUGGACCCCAUGCAGAAGGCGGAGGAGAUGUACAAGUUUGCAGAAAUACCAUUUAGUUCCCAAGCUCGAGAGUGGAUCCUGAAGAACACACACGCUACAGAGGAAGCCAGUAGCUACUUCUCCACUCAGAAAAACUCUUCAGAACAAGCAGAGAAGUGGAGAUUCAGUAUUCCCUUUACUUUGGCUCAGGUGGUACAGAAAGUGUGUGGACCAACCAUGCAGUUGUUUGGAUACAAAUUUGUGAAUGAUGAAAAGACAUUGAUCAAUAAAUCUUUUAGCUUGCAUGAAGAUAAACAAUUUAAUUAAUCAGAAGGUGGAAAUGGCAUUCAACAAAUCAAAGAAGCCAAAAACCAAACUUUCUUAUCAAAGCUGAAAUAAUUUUGUUUACCGGUCACAAUAAUAUUCAUGCUCUUACCAAGAAAAUGAAAUGAUCUGCUUGCUGUUUUUAGAUUUUUAAACAAUUUUAUGACUAUGCUUAAGAUUUAACUGAGGGGGUCAUUUGAGUAUGUUUUUUUUUUAAAUGAACUUUUAUAUUUUUUAGGCACAAUUCAAAACUUCUAGCAUAUAAUUUGAUUUAUCCUUAUAUUUCUCCUUCCUUUAGUGGCAGAUUAACAAAUGAAAGUCUUUAAUAAGCCUGGAAGUUGACAACAAUUUUAUUUCAUGUUAGGUUAACCAUUUAGGAUCCAGAGAAGCUUUAAGCUGUCAUCUUGUUUUUGCUCGGGUAAAUAGUGAGUUGUGCUAUUUUAAUUCAUUAGCUCGUGAUAACAAUGCAAUCACUAAUGCUAACAACGAUUAUGUUUAUGUGCUAGGAUCUACUUGUAAAUAAUUUAUUAUGCCUUUUUAAAUCCAAAUUUCUGGCACAUUUGUUUGACUUUAAUGAGGCGUAAACACCAUGUUACAACACUAAGCUAAUUGCUAAACACAUCAGCACUCUGAAAGCUAUUUGUGGUACAAUUAAGUUAGGGCAUAUUAAAACAUUAUCAAACUGUUUACCUGCCACUUUUAUUGCUGUUUCUAAGUAAAUGUACAAUAAAAUGCCAGAAAUAAAAACAUACUUGUUAAAAAGUGAUAACUGCUAACUCUAGCAUUGUCUGUUUCAGCGCUUCCUGUUUUAAGCCAGAGAUAACUUCUUGCAGUACGUUUAAUUAAAUGAUGUCCUUUGUGGAUCACCACUUUUGUCGUGAUGUGGUGUGGGUGGCGGCGGACCAUGUGUGGUGGAGCUGACCAGGAGGCAGGAAUGCAGGCACGGAUAACAUAAAAAUGGAUUUAAUGGCAGGAAACGGCAAGAAACAACAAGACACAACACAACAAUGAUCCGACGCUGACACAUACAAGACGGGAGGUAUAAAUACACAGGGAAACAAUCAGGAACACAUGGGCAGGUUAACAAGGGGCAGGUGAGAUCAAUAAAAACUAAUCAGGGGUAGGAGAGAGUAGGAGUAAGAGGGAGGUAGGAACAGAUCGUGACAGUACCCACCCCUUAAGGGGCGGAUACCAGACGCCCACAAGAACCACAUACUCUGAAGACACAGGGACUCAGGAGACUCGUGACGCAGACUCGGGAAACCCUGGAGACUCAGGAAACUCGGGGACACACUGGAUACUAGGGAAACUCGGGGAAA